AUGAAUCCUUCAUCCAGCCGCCCAGAUCCCAAUAGCGAAACCAUCCCAACAGCCUUGGAGCCCGGUGAGACAACCCCUCUCCUUCCUAAAGACUUCCAAGAUCGACAGUCAAACGUCCUUCCCCGAAAGAGACUCUUGGUCGUCAUCCCGGCCUUAUCUCUAGUGCAUUUUACCUCCUUCAUCGACCAAACUGCCAUUUCAACCACCUUGCCAUCCAUCGCAGCAGCCCUAAAUGCAGGGUCUUCUAUUUCCUGGGUCGGAACGAGCUUCUUGACGACGAGCACGAGUAUACAGCUGAUCAACGGUCGCUUGUCGGAUAUCCUUGGGCGAAAAACAUGUCUGAUUACAGCUCUCACUAUCAUGGGCGUUGGAAACCUUCUCUCUGGUUUUUCUCAGAAUGCCGGACAACUAUACGCAGCGCGAGCGUUGAGCGGGUUUGGAGCGGGUGCGCUGAACGCGCUUGUUCAGAUUACCAUCUCAGAUAUCACGCGACUUGAUCAACGAGGCUAUUAUUUUGGGAUGCUAGGUGUGGCGGUCGCGUUGGGGAAUGGACUUGGACCUGUGAUUGGGGGUCUGUUCACUGAGCGGAUAACCUGGCGAUGGGCUUUUUGGUUCAUAUGUCCCCUAACAGUGUCAGCGGUGGGCCUGUUGGCUAUUGUUUUGCCAGCAGUGGCAACUGCAGAUAAUAUUGGACACAAACUCAAGAUGCUUGAUUGGCUUGGGGUGCUGACAAGCAUGGUUGCCGUGAUCUUGAUACAGGUGAAGUUGCACCGAUUACCCAAGAGCGAGUUGCAUAGUAUACUGACAUCAAGCUGCGUACAGAUUCCCAUAUCGCAAGGAGGGUCAGCUCUGCCGUGGAACUCACCACUAAUUAUUGGCAUGUUGAUAUGCGGUGUUCUUCUGUUCCUUGCCUUCCUGAUAAUCGAAUGGCGUCUAGUUGAACUACCCAUUCUUCCAAGUAGGUCAGAUAUCGUCAAUAUUGGCUACUUGCAUCCAUUUCUAACUACGGAUUUCCGGCUUAGUGCGAUUGUUUCAGUAUAA